UAUCACUUUGCCAAGCGCCUGCUUUUCGGAAGAGUGGACGGAGCGCGCGCAGAGUUCACGAGCGGUACUCUUGGCGCGCCUUUGGAGAUUUUUUUGUGCGUGUGGAAGACAAAGGAGCCUAGGCGUUUUCGGGCUAAAAAAGAAAAAAAUAGAGACGGCUUCCCUUCGCUUUCCAUGGCUGCGGUACAGCGGGCAAGCAGUGUCUCCUGCAAAUUCCUCCUCCUCGGCGUUUUGGAGGCAUUGCCUGCCUUCACGGAGAUCCACUGUACUAGCCAGCAAGGGUGUACUCAAGAAGGAACCAGUUGGACAAGCUUGUGGUAUGUUUGGCUGAUCUUGCUGACAGUGUUUCUGUUGCUGAUGUGCGGCAUCGGUGCCAGUUGUGUGAAGUUCUGCUGCCGUAAGAAGCGGCCCCCUGUACAGACCUUUCCCUCGCAUGCCCAUGACCUCACCAUCAUCCCCAUGGACCACGACAGCACCGCCCACAGCACCGUCACGUCGUAUAGCUCUCUUCAGUAUCCCCAGAGCCUUCCACUUCCGUUGCCCUUCAGGGAGGUGAAUAGGAAUAUGGCGAGUCCUCCAGCCUACAGCCUCUAUGCCAUAGAACUGCCGCCAUCUUACGAUGAGGCCAUCAAGAUGGCCAAGCCCUGUAUCGAGACUCCAUUUGCAGGCCAGAAACUGGACAACGGCACCUCUGAGCCGGCAGCCUGUGAGAGACAAAGUCAGCCCCAGACAUCAUCUGAGGAGUCAUCAAAUGACAACCCUGAGGCGGUACAAGAAGACUCAGUGGUUCCAGAAGCUUCCACACAAGAGCAGCCACAGUUGUAGCCCCUAUUUUGGAGGGUUGGGGAAAAGAGUAUUGAUGAUGGGAUGGGAAGCAGUGUGGGGCAUGAGCAGCUUGACGUUGUGUGUACUUGGUUAGCCUGAAGAGAGACCCAGUUGUCUGAGCCGUCGUGUCGAUCUGUUGUACGGAAGGAAUGUCUACUUUGGCUUAUGAUAACUUUCCAUUGAUGUUUCAAGGCACGUUUCAAAAUACUGGUCUCUGUAGGUGAGCGCAUUACUCCUCAUGAAAAGCGGUGCUCCGGGCUUAACAUGGCAACGGCGUUGGGGGUGGGUGGGAAGAGACCUGCUUUGAGAAGACACACGUGUGACUGGGCCUGCAAAAAUGGCUGAGGGUUGGGCCUCAGCGGGUAUCGCAAUGGGCAGUUCCACUCGCAGUGAGGUGAAAACUGAGGCAAAACCGAGUGCGGAUGCCUGCCUUCUUCUUCUGAGAAGAUUGAACUAUCCAGCAAAUUGCUGAAGGACUGGGUUCGUUGCUAUGUAACGGCAAACGGCCUUUGACUCUGGAGGUCGUUUUAAUGCUCCUAGUUGUCUCUGUGGAUAAGAGGGGACAGUCCAAGGGAGUUUUGAUAUGACUGGGCUCAUUUGAAAGGCCAAAAUCCCCUUGUAAGCAACUACCCUUACACAAACCAGUAGAGGGUUUUCGUGUUCCUUUCCCCAGAUUUUCUUCCCUCUCCAAGAAAUAUUUGGUUUGAAAUGUAAAUAUACGUCAGAAUGUGA